AUGUCCGGUAGGAAACCGAGGCGUGGCGGCGGCCACAUGUUUAGCAGCCCCGAAGAGCUGAUGCUCCAGGCUCAGCGCGCCGCUGAAGAAGUCGAUCGCGUAGUUGAGUCUCGCAUUUCAGAAGAGGAUAGUGAAGAUAGCGAGGAGGAAGAAGAGGAGGGUGAAGUAAAGCCAUGCGGUGUCUCCCACCUAAUCGAAACUUCCAAUCCGAAUCGGACAGGCAAACCGCCGAAUCGUGACGAUGCCCCUUUAUCUCGCAAGGAACGCGAGGCACUCCUAUUGGCCACCACGGAUCCGCUAAAGUUGAAAUCAGAGGCGGAGUUGGAGAGGGACCUGGCGCGUCUCCGGAUGGUUAGGAGGAAGCGCGAGAGAGAAGAGCGAAAGAAAGAGGAGGAAAAGAAGGGUGAGCUCCUCUCUCCGUCCGCUGAAGCCGCCCGUGCAGCAGCUCAGGCACGAGCACAGGAGCGUCUAGAGGCGCUGAAGAACAAGAACAAGAAGACCGGUCGGAAACCGGGAGCAAAAGUUGGCAAAAACGCCGCUUCUCAGCCCUCCUCUGCCGCACCACCCCCACCGCCGCCGCCUUCCGGUGAACCAGGCGAAAAGUGA